AUGUCCGAAUACGUUCAAUAUAAACUCCAAAUCCGCUACGAAAACUACGACGCCUACGAGAAAUACGAUAAAGACAUCCAAGACACACUCGAAACAAAAUACGGCGAAUUAGGCGCUACGCACAUCCAGCGAUGCUAUGUGAGUCCGAGCGUUCGCCUGCUCCUGGUAACUAGUUUCGAGGCACCGGAUGGUAUCCUGGAUGAGCUGAGAAGUGUGAAGUUGGGGGAGGGUAUUGCUACAGAUAUUCGAAUGGAGGAAUAUAGGAGGCGUUGA